AUGGCCGCCACGCUCGCCCUAGCUCACCCCGCAUUCCAGCCGCAGCACCAGACCCCUUGUUCGGCAUUUCUGCGCUACGCAAACCUCCUCUGGGUUCCAGCAGGCGUAGAGGCCAGUUUCGAAGGUGUUCCCAUCUCGAACUCCCUGCACUAUGGCCAUUUGGCUGCGUGUUCACAAAAGUAUCUGGCUGUUACAACCGGUACCACAGGUGGUGGAUCUGUUGCACUUCUUGACGUGCAGAAGCCCGGUCGAUACGAAUCCGAGAUGUACUCACACAGUCAAUGUCAUUCGAAUUCAAUAACAGAUCUUGCGUGGGGAACAUUGAACGACAACAUUCUGGCAACUGGUUCGAUCGACAAGACGGUCAAAUUGUGGCGAGCAAAUGCCAGUGAAACAGAAAACGCCCUGCCAAAUUUAAAUCAACUCACUGAAUUUCUGCACAGAGAUCGAGUCGUGAGUGUGGUCUGGAGUCCAAACUCGCGAAAUCUCCUUGCUACCGCCCUGUACGGGAAAAAGGUCACCAUCUGGAAUGUGGAGAGCCAGAAGGUACAAAGCACGCACAUCUGCACCGCUGGCGCUCACAGCCUCUGUUGGUCACCGACGUCGUCUAGCCGAUUGGCGGCGGCGUGUCGCGACAAACAUCUCUGUGUUUUCGAUGCCGACAGUGGCGCCAAGAAGCCCGCCAUCUCGAUGACCUGUCACCAGGGUUCGAAGCCCUGGAAGGCUGUGUUCCUUGACGAUUCCACCGUCGUGACUGUGGGCUUUGGACAUGAAGGCACCAAGGAGGUGGCAGUUUGGGAUCUAGCGAUGCCAAACAGGGCUCUUGAGCGUUCCUGGUGUAGUCAAUCGUCGGGUGGCGUGAUACUUUACCACUACUUCACCAGCCGACAUUUCUUCCUGUCAAGCAGGGGUGACAAUGGAAUCCACCUGUACAAGUAUGAUUCUCGAAGUUUGAAAUUCGCGGGGCAAUUUCAAAGUCCUCAUCCACACCGCGAUAUUUGUUGGAUGCAACAAGAGUGUCUGGACCCAAGAUCCAAGGAGAUUGGCCGGUGUUUUCGCCUCUACCUCCCAGAUUCGUCGGUUGUGCUAUCUACUGGCAGCCGUCGUCGAAACAACGUCUCCACCAAUCACUACACGCAGGAAAUGAGCGGUAUGUACGGAUCAACCCUACCCACCAAUGGCCGAUCAUACAGAAAAUUGCGAUCGCCGCUAAUUGAACCGCUAAGCAUUCAGCUACCAGAAACCGUGACGGACAACGACGAGGACUCAUCCACAAACUCAGAGGCCUCCAGCGCAUGCGAUGUGAACGUUCAACCGCUAAGCAAAAAAUUGAGUUCCUACGUAAAUCGGCGGCUCAUCAACAAGUCGAAAAUACCAAUUAAGGAGAGGAGGAAACGACUUCUAAAGGCUGAGAAACUGACCAAUGGGGGCAUCGAGGACACUCCAAAUGACGGCAAUCGAUAUAAACCUCCCUCCUUCUCUUCAAGCGAUGUUCAAAAGGAACACCCAUUUAACCCGGAGGUAUAUCAUAAUGGUCAGUUGCCAUCGGUAACACCCAACCCACCGCCAACGUUUCCAAAGCCACGCAUUUCCUCAACUGAAAGGGCCAAUCACAGAUCAAGAAGACCGUGGAAAAGCUGGAAGGUCAUACCUGGCUUGAAGGUGGUUGAAAAGCAAUCUACCAGAGUUGAAAAUGGUCCACGGUGCUAUCCGUUGGAGGCGUGUGAAGAAAAAUUCCACAGUGGAAUGGAGACACAAGAACACGAUCAAGAGGAUAGAGACUUGAAUGACGAAAUACUGAUCGUUACCUCGGCAUUUAGGGGACAUCGGAACGGAAAAAUUUGCGCCGUUACGACGCCUACAACGCAAGUUAUUCUAACCAAUAGUCUACCAAGUGCUAAUGCCACUGGUGCAAGCCACUCCACCGAAAUUGAUGACAAUGGCGAAGACGACGAGGAGGAGUACGCUACGUGCUCCGUUUCAGACCUUGUGGCCGCGUUCGAGGCAAGAGCAGCUGAAAUCGCAGCGUGCGACACAACAAGCAUCUGUUCGGAGUCGCCGUGCGCUCCCUCGACACCGCUGCCUCACCCCCCUGCGCCCCUCAACUUCCCGCCUUUAAGGGAACCCCCAAACCUCGAACCAGCUGGAGGUCCUCGUGAGGAGGAGAUACCGCGAGCGUGGAAUGUGCCAAAACCCGCCUCAUUUCAAUACGCCUCGAAGCCUCCCAGCCGAGUGUACAGCACCAACCACAAACGCUGGUCAAUGAGUCAUUCCAUUGGCGCGCAAAUGUCGCCAGCGCUUCGGUACAUGCAGAGGUCACAGCGCACCUCCACGCUCUCACGACCCGCAUCCGUCUCAGAGGACGAGUCUAACGUCAUCGCGAGGCGUUCCGCAUUCAUUAUCCCGAUUUCUGAUUGUCGAGUUAAAGCCGCUCAGUCUGAGACGUUGGUUGAAGAAGCGAUUAGAAAGUGUAACACCGAACAGAGUCCUUCUGGGUCCAACAAUGAAUGCCCGGCGUUUGGAUCAGCUGACUUGCAACUAAACAACUCCAAACUGCGGGAAAGGAUUAUAGAUGUUCUUGAAAGGGACGAAUGGAACACCACCUUACCCGCUACAAUUCGUGAACAAUUGGAGUGUCAGCCCAAAAAGAGUCAUUUGCGGAUGCAAGAUAUGUCAGACAAUGACACCCUUACUAAAGCGCUUAAUUUUGAGCGACCAAAGAAUUGGAGCAGCAAACCAACAGUAAAUAUGGAGCGGCCGGACACUAGUUACCCAAUGUACUCCUCCUUUAUAGAGCCCAGAAACUUCACCAACAACCAGGAAGUAAUGAGUGCAUCAACAACGGAGGCAUUCCCCUUAAUCAAGCACCCUACAAACUACGGCGCAUCAGCAACACUUCAGUCUCCCUUCGACAGUUCGCGUGCCUUCUUUAACAGCACCAACUACGCUCCGUACCUGCGAGAAUUGGAGUCAACAGUUCGCAGGUAUUUCAGCGACUAUGACACAGAUCCGGCUGAGAAGAUGGCUCCUGACACCACUCACGUUGAAGUGGAAGAUUCAGGAUCCGACACCGAAAAGACGGAGACGUUUGUGCAUUUUGCUGAACUGCCUGCACCAAAGAAGGUCGCGUCGAAAGAGGAGGUGAAGGGCAGGGUUGUUGAACUGCCUCGAUUGCUGAAGACAACUACCACCAACACCACUGACGAUGCAUCUUCGGACUGUGAUCAAUCCUACGUGGGCACAUCUACGGAGGCCGAUAGCGACGUGUUAAGCAGCACGUACGGCGUUCCAGCCACGAAGUAA